AUGUCCGGCCGUGGUUUAGGAGGAAAGGGACUUGGAAAGGGUGGCGCUAAGCGUCACAGUAAGGUCCUUCGGGACAACAUCCAGGGUAUCUCCAAGCCCGCCAUUCGUCGUCUUGCUCGCCGUGGUGGCGUGAAGCGUAUUUCCGGUCUGAUCUAUGAGGAGACUCGCGGCAUCUUGCGGGUAUUUCUUGAAAAAACCAUUCGAGAUGCGUGUACUUACUCGGAACAUGCCCGUCGUAAGACCGUGACCGCAAUGGAUGUCGUAUAUGCCUUGAAAUGUCAAGGCAAGACUCUCUACGGAUUCGGUGGGUAG